GUCCUCGCAGUACCAUGAGCCACACCUCUCUCUGGGCACAGAGGAAAGCAGGAGAACACUGUGACUGUGUCAUCAAAUGGUUUGUGAUUGGGGUUCUCUUAUUCUUCAGGGUCUUCUUUGGACAAUUCUGAAAUAUGCAAACUUGCACUAAGUUUUUCCCAUGGCUGUUGCGUGACUUGAGACGGAACACGUAUCUCCUUGAUCCUUUUCCAAGCCCACGGAUUUAAACACAAUCAGGGAUUUAACAUGAGCAUCCUAUUGUGGAGAUGUGUUUUCUACUCUGCUGUAUUUAGUUUAAUGGUCAUAUUUCUGGACAUAAAGACAGAUGCAACAAUGGAAGGUUCCUCUAUGGGAUACCUUGAUCUGCCUUAUACUCAGGAGCCUGUAGCGUUUCCACGCAUCGCUCGAAUAUCUGAGGUGAAGCCAUCUCUUGAGGGCCAUGCGGUUACCUCUCGACGAAAAAGGAACAUCCUUUUCCCAAGUGGAGUCAGACUGUGCGCACAAGAGACCGCCGAGCAAGUGGUUGCAAACCAUCUGAGCUAUUUUCAUCUCAGGGUGUGCCAGGAGACCAUAUGGGAGGCAUUUAAGAUCUUCUGGGACCGCCUCCCGGAGCAAGAAGAAUACCAAAGCUGGAUGAGUCAAUGUCAGGAGGGCACAGUCACAGCACGAGAUAUUGGCAGCUACUUUAGUAAGUCAGAGGAGCAUCAGACUCUGGCUAAAAAGAGAAUGUCGCUGCCGCCUGUGUUUUGUAAAUGUGUCAUUCUUACCAUCUGUAGUGAGCCCACCAGGUCCUGGCAACAUAUGUGCAGCACUCCAACACCGGACACGCCCGAAUCAGUUGAAGCUCCUGAGCUAGAAGACAAGGAGGAGGAUUCUGCUGCCAUACCAGCAUUGGAGGAGAGUCCUCUUUACAAUGAUAUAACCGUGCAACCUCCUACUCCCGCUCCGCUGGAGCAGGUGGUGGAGCUAAGCAUCCACUUGACCGGAGAAAUGUACAAUGACAGCCUUGCUGAUCCAGCCAGCCUCCAGUACCAAACACUCAGCAGACAACUUGCUGAAAAGUUAGAGGAUGCUCUGGAGGGGCUUCCUGGAUUUAAAAGCGUGUCUGUAGUUGACUUCAGGUUAGGUGGUGUGGUGGUGGACUAUGCUGUCACAGUGGUGGUGAAUGGAGCAGGAGUGAGCAGUGAACAACUGGACUACUUGACCCUACAGCUGAACCAAGUGGAAAACUCAUAUCGGGAGAUCAAGGAGCCCCCCACGGUGGUCUACACCAUCAGCGCCCUAGAUAACAAUGAGCUGGAGAGUGUGUCUGAGGUUCCUCAGUCUGUCAACACUGAAGACGGAGCCGUGGUCAGUGCUGUUGAUGAGCCGCCAGAGAUCUUGACCCGGGAAGAGGACGUCAAAGGUGACCUCGUGCCAGAAGCUUCAGAAACCAACACACUGGCAACAUCAGAAAAUAAUGUCAUUGUUUUAGAGGAGAGUGAAGUCCUGAUUUCUCCUGCUCUUGUCCCGACCUUCCGUAUACCAGAAGCUGCCGGGAUUGAGGAGGAGGGUCUACUGCUAGAGGAUACAGUGCAGAUUCCUUCUGUAGAACCUCCUCCACCUGAAGAACUCCCACCUGAGCUGCCAGGGAGCAUCAUGCUGCCUGAACCACCAGUAGAAAUCGAGGCCUCUGGUUUAGUUCCUGAUGUCUUGGAACCAUCUACAACCACUCCAGAAGAGGGGGAAGUGUCCCUUGAGGAGACUGCUACAGAAGAUGAGGUGAAAACUGAAGAAAUUACCAUACAUGCAGAUGUUACAUCUGGAGCAGAGGAAGACAAAUUUGAAUCUGUUGUUGUAACUGUGGAAGAUGAAAAUCUGGAUGAAGUUGUUGCGAUUAUAGAGGACCUUGAGAUCUCUGCUGUCAUUACCGAAACCAUAGAAGAACAGGGUCUGCCUGCCCAAAUCCCAAUUCCAGAUGCUGUAGAUAUAACUAGUGAACAACUGCAGCCAGAGGCAGCAGAGACGGGCCUUCUUCCUGUUGGUGAGGGAACACCAGAAGAGUCUAACGUUGCAGAUAUUAUACCUGCUAAUGAGGACGUUACCCCCGCAAAGCCUGAGGAUGCAGCCAUUCAUGUGGUGUUGGCCAGCUCUGAGGAACCUGUAUUUGAUGAAGAUGGCUUGGAGGAAUACAGAAAUGAAGGACAGGAGAUAACGGAAGAGGCUGUGCCUGAAGCUCCGGUUGUAGUGGAAGUGGCUCCAGAAACUCCAGAGAUCUCAACAGAAGAUCUUACAGAUGAUGAAAUCUUACUGGUAAACAAAGAUGUUCCAGAACCACCAGUUACAGAUUCUCCGAGCCCCGCCGAACCCACUGCCCUGUCUCCAGAGAGGGAGUCACCUUUUACCCGUAUUGCUGAUAUUAAUCCUGAUUUUGAUGCUGAGCCUGACGCAGACAUCCCUUCACUGGUGGAGAUCCAGACCACUAUCAAAGAUGUGGAUGAUACCACCGCUGGAGACCAUGAUUAUAAUGUGGUUCAGUAUGGUUAUGGUUUGGUUAACCACACAGAGGAGGGCAGCACUGGAUUCCCGAUAGGUGGGGGCCAUGGCACAGACCAGGCCAGUAUUGCAAUGCCUGUAAACCCCGGGCGAGCAUUGAUGGUUUUCUUUAGCCUGAGGGUCACCAACAUGAUCUUCUCAGAGGAUCUCUUUAACAAGAGUUCCCCAGAGUACAAGGCUCUGGAGCAACGCUUCCUUGAACUGCUUGUGCCCUACCUGCAAUCCAAUCUGAGUCACUUUGAGAACCUGGAGAUCCUGAACUUCAGGAAUGGGAGCAUUGUAGUCAACAGCCGGAUGAAAUUUGGGAAGCCUGUGGCUCGUGGCGUCACAACAACUGUCUACUUGAUUUUGGAGGACUUCUGUAAUACAGCCUACCAGACCAUGAACCUGGCCAUUGAGUACUCGCUGGAUGUUGAGUCAGGUGACCAGGCUGACCCCUGCAAGUUCCAGGCCUGUAACGAGUAUGCUGAGUGUAAAGUAAACAAGUGGUCCGGGGAAGCAGAGUGCGUCUAUGCUGGGUAUUUCAGUGUGGAUGGCCUGCCCUGUCAGAGUAUCUGUGAGCUGCAGACUGACUUUUGCCUCAAUGACGGCAAAUGUGACGUCAUCCCCGGCCAGGGAGCCAUCUGCAGGUGUCGCGUCGGGGAGAACUGGUGGUACAGAGGAGAACACUGUGAGGAGUACGUAUCUGAGCCCUGGUUUCGGAAUAGCGAUUGCCUCUGUAGCGGCUUCCUAUUGGUGGCUUCUGGAGUCAUCUUCUUCCUGGCCAGGACGUUACGGGAUCAGUAUGACAAGGAUGAGUCAGAGGACCCCAUACGGCGAGUAGAGAGUCUCCCAUCUUUAGAGAGGGCGACCAAGUACAACCCCAUGUAUGAGAGUGAGGCGACCACAGGCUACAGUCACUACUACCGCCGCUAUCCUGAAGCUCCUGUGUACAGCAGUGCCAGCGCCGAGGCCUCCACUGACUUCAGCAGCGAGGAGAUACGACACAUUUAUGAGAACAGCGAACUGACCAGGGAGGAAAUCCAAGACAGGAUACGCAUCAUUGAGCUCUACGCUAAGGACCGGCAGUUUGCAGACUUCGUACGGCAGCACCAAGCUGUCCUGGAUACCCAUACGGAGAGCUCCUCUACACAGAUAUGAAGCUGUCCUGUGAACAACAAGAAACAUGCCACUGUUUCAAAACGUCAAAGCUCCCCGUCAAGGCUGUCAUCGUUUCUUUGCCACAAUUCUCAGAGCCUGCACUGUGCUGUUCAAAAUGGACUGUCUCACAGCACGAUUCUCUUACAAUCUCCACAAUGAGUCUGCGUCCGUCUCUGCCCGUGAGAGGGCAGAGGUGUUGAUGCUUCUUCCUCUGCCCUCUGUGCCUUCGCUCAACUGGGUGAGCUUGCUGUGACAUCACGGGAUGUGUUGGCUGCUUAUUUACUUGGACAUUUCCCUGCAGGGAAAAGUGGACUGCAUCCUGUUACUUGAAAUUUUGACUGUCAAAUUGCACCAAGUAGAAUUUUUAUGUAGUUUGGUGUAUUGGAUUCCUUUCAUCAUGCAUAUCCGUCCAUUCUUAAAAGGGAAGAACAUAAAGUGUGAACAUAUAUGUAUUGUGUAUAUAUAUAGCUGAACUAAUGUUUGCUAGGGGAGAUUUUUCUCUUUACAGUAGACAUUCUCAGAGAAAUAUUGAGAGAGCGACCUUUUUUUUUUAGUAAAUGGUGCUAUUUGAAUUUAAAAUACUCUUUGAAAUAUGUGAUUCACUUUUACAAUUUAAAAGCUACACCAAUUAAUCAGUUAUGUAUAUUUGGAUAGUACUAUACAUUAAAAGGAUAGUUCAGGAUUUUGGGAUGUACACUUUCUCAGUUUCUGGCAGGAUUUAACUCGCCACGUAGAAUUUAACAUAUAAACUCAACAGGAGCAAAUCAGCAGUGUUUCAUUUAUAGAUUCAUUCAUUUCUUCCGGGAAAGAUUCAGAAUAAGGUCGCUGAGGAACUGCAGAGCUUCAAACCUCCUCUGGCAUUAACAUCAGCACAGAAACUGUGUUCUGGGAACUUGGUGUCAUGGGUUUCCAUGGCUGAGCAGCUGCUAUAGGUGUAAUGUGUAGGUGGUCCACUAGUUUUGUCCACAUAGUGUAUAUGAAUAUAGAAGAUUUGUUUAAUUUAACAGCUCUCUGUAGAAAUUAUGCUUCUUUAUGUGUGUCAAUGAACAAAAACAUAAAAAAAGUGAAGGUCAUCAUCAUUUGAAAACACUUCCAUUGUGGAUUUGCCUUUAGAGAUGCUCCAGACAGAGCCAAGCAAUGGGUUUUUGCUUAUAUUCAGAUAUUAAAGAAUUAUUCAUUUUCCUAUCUAAAUCUACUCCAGAAACAAUGUAUGUGACAAAAUGUCAAACUAUUCCUUUAAGGUGGCCAAACGUAGCAAUCUUGUAAGUGUUAGACUUUCUGUUUCUCAUCAUAUAUGACAAACUUUGGUGUUUGUUUAUAAUGUAUGACAAGAGGCAGACAAGAAUGAAAAAACUACGGUGGGGGAAGAAAGGCAGAGAGCACAAACCUUCUACAGCUCUGGGAUCCAGAAAUAAGUGAAAACACGUUUCAGUGAAGAAAUGCUCCAAGGCAAGCGGCCCAGGGAUUUGACCAAAUGGUGUGCUUUCAGAUGUCAAAUGCAAUGCAACUGGAAGAACAGGAAAACUAGGGAAAGCAAACUGAUAAACAACAUAUGCUUUCUGGAAAGAUGACCUCAAGCUGUGUCUUCUGCUGAAAGAAACUGCGCAGUUACCAGCAAUUUUUAAAAAGUGUUCUGUCCUUUGUCUACCUAUUUGACUGUGAUAGUUCUCCUUAGUCUGAAACCUUCUGACAGAUUCCAGUGCUUUCUUUGGUAUUUUCAUCUGUUCCUCUCUAGAUUUGUUGGAUUUCACCCUUCUCGUUCCUUGAGAGGAUCCUCAUAGAUGCAGUUCAGCUUUUUCUUCUUUUUUAUUGUCAGCCAGUUUAUCUGCUCAUUUUGUUAUAGGAGUCCACAAUAACAUAAUGUCCUAGCUUCUUGUUUACAUGGCACAUUUCCUAUCCUCCAUUCUUCUAUUACAUCUCUACAUAAACACUGGUGAAACAGACUCUUAUGAUACUGUCAUGCCUUUCGCAACUUAUGUUCAAUUUCAUUUGUAUAUGUAUGCUAUUUUUUGUCUGCAUACAGUUUUUGUCACCAUCAUUUGAACAUCUGCCACAUGGACAAACAAGCCAAUCAUCACAUACAGUGUCCUGUCACAAAAAUAGCAGCUGUACUCUAGGAUGUAAAUCGUGUGUGCUUCCAGUCUUUUAACAUGUGAACUUUUUUUUUUUUUUUUUUAUACUGAUGACACCAUGUUAAC